UAAAAUUGAAUUAUCUGCAGUCGCUCGCAGGACAUCGUCGCGUUCGGACAUGUUCGCCUAAGCUCGCAAUCUCUUCCCCCAAAGCUAGAAGCAGCAGCAGAAGCAGCGCCCAGCCACUCUCUCUCACACUUCUCUCUCUCGCUCUGUUUGCGGGUAUAUCUCCCUUGCGGUGUUUUGGACACUUUGGACGCGAGAGCUUUUCGGCUCGCUUCCAACACGUUCGCUUGCGUUCGCGUCCGCGUUUGAGCUGGCGUCGGGGCAUCGGCGGGCAUCGCGUGUGUGUGUGUGGGUUGCUGUUGUGUGGGUUGUGGGCUUUGGGCCUUUUGGGCUUUGACAGCGCUGCGGCGGCGGCGGCGGCGACAGUGACAGUGGCAGUGGCAGCGACUGAGGCAGCAAACCGACCAGCAGGCAGCACAGGCAGCGGCGGCGAAACGUCGCAAGUAGUCGCGUACUUCCGCCGUUACCGUUAGCACACGUUAGUCGGAGCUGCGAGCUGUUAGUUCCGAGUUCCGAGUGUUGCGAGUUAGCCGCUAAAUACCGUUAGCUGACCGCUAACCAAAAAACCCACAACAAAAAAUCUUGCCACAAAAAUAAUAAUAGAAAAAAAAAAGAAAAGAAAAAGAAACAAGAAGGAUAUACGAGAUAAGAAGAAGAAACAGUGCAAUUUUUUUUUUCAAGUGUCGCGCAGAGAAGUGCGAGCCAAUUGGGAUUAUCAGCCAGAACUCCAAUUGGAAAAAAUAAAUAAAAAAAUAAUAAGUCUAGGAUGGAAAUGGAAUCGCGUGUGACAACAAAAACAACAUCAGUAACAUCAGCAACAACAACAACAGCAGAAGCAGAAGCAGAAGCAGCUAAAGCAACAACUGCCAAAUGAUAACAACAACAACAAUAAACAAACAACAAUAACAACAACAACCAUUCAAAAAUCCAAGCGCCAAAAAUAAAAAAAAAAGCCAAUUAGAAAAGCAGAAAAGUGCGAAAGGUUCCUACAACAAAUAAUCCGAAAAAAAAAGUGUAGUGCGUUUUUUUACGAAAGUAACAUGUCAGUUUCAUAAAAAAGUCAAAAAAAAAAAACAACAACAACCAGCUGGAAGAUGGAAUGGUUAGAAGAGCAAAGAAACCCCCACAACAACAACAACAACAAGCAAACAGAAACUGUCUGAUUAGAAAAAUAUUCCGCCAAGAAACCCUAUAUUUUUUUUUUUUCGAAACAAGUGCAAUAUCUAACUAAAAUAUAAACUUAAAAAAAAAAAAGACAAAGCUUAGGCCUAAUAACUAAUACUAAGAAUAGAGAUUUUAAAGAGAAGACUUUCGUGAGAGAGGCUUCUACAAAUCCACAGCGGCAGGACACCCAGGACACCCAUUGCCCUUCGGUGGGGUUCUGGUCCCGUGUCUGCGAAGUUUUCAAACCCCUUCGGAAACUGGAAACAAAAAUGAGAAUUAAAAUGCCCGCGGUUCGAAUUGCACAAGGUGAGUCUAACGGUAACGCCGCCAACACUUUCCCAGGCCCCCACGCCAUCCCGGCCAUCAGUCCCCGGGAAAUGCCAACUCCCACCGCAGUCCAUUCCGACUCGACGGAGAACGAUGCCGUGGCCACGCAGGACAUCCUCACUUGUGGCGCCUGCCAGAAGGCGUUCGCCCUCUCCGACAUCGUCAAGUUCAUCCAGCACAAGGUCCUGCAGUGCAACAAGGAGAACUACGGCCAGUGCGCCACCCAAAACCCUCAAAUGGACCGCGACGCCGAGGAGGGGCGUCCACUGAGCCUCGUCAACCGCCGGCCCUCGAUUUCCGCUCCCAUUUCGGGGCGCAAGUCCUCCUCGUCCUCGUCGUCGUCCUCCUCCACAUCCACCGCCGUUGCCGCGGCCACCGCCACAGCAGGUCCUGCCGCAGCGGCAGCAGCAGCAGCAGCGGCGGCAGCUGCCACGGCGGCCAGUGGCUCAAGGAUACACACACCACCCCCCAGUCCGGCGGACUUGUUGGCGGACGGAGCCAGCAGCACGCCCAAACGGCUGGUAGAUGAGAACGACAACACCACGCCCAAGGACAUCGAGACAGCCGCCACCACACUGGACAAGGACACAGCCGGCCCCGGCAGUCCCCUGGCCAGCCAGAAGCCACGCCGAUCCUCCAGCCGCGACAGCAGUUGCGAGAUGGACCAGGAUCAGGACCAGGAUGGCGAGCAGCCAGCCAAGGUCAAGGAGGAGCCCUUCGAGGACGAAACCACCGCCACCCAGAACGCCAACGAGGAGGCAGAGGAGGACGAACUGGAGCGGGAGCGGGAGCGGGAGCAGGAACAGUCGCUGGCAAAGCGGCCCAAAAUGGAGCUGGUCGAUGCCGAGGCCAACACAGUGCACACAGAGCCCAGCAACUACACCUGCUCCACGUGCAAGACCCGCUACACCUCCGCCUGGCGGCUCAUCCAGCACGUCCAGCACUCGCACGGCGUCAAGAUCUACGUGGAGAGCCCGGGCGCCAUCGGGGGUGCCACCCUCACAGUGGCCACUCCCGCCGCCCUCAACAACAGCGCCCUGGCCCUGGCCGCGGCCGCGGCGGCAGCCUCCUCGGCGACCUCCGGUUCCGCAUCCGGCAGCGCCACCUCUCCGCCCCCGACGACGAUCAGCCCCAGCCCCCAGGCCGGGAAGCGCAGCAGCCCCCUGGCCGCCAACCUGUCCGCCAGCUCGGCCUGCUCCUCCUCCAACUCGCUGGUGAACAGCAGCACCUCCAGCCUCGGCUCCCCGCAGCAGCACCAGCACCAGCAGCAACAGAUUCAACUGCAACAGCAACAGCAGCAGCAGCAGCAGCGAGUGCAGCAGCAACAGCGCGAGAGCCUGGCCACUGCCAUGGCGGCUGGGAUGCGGCACCAUCCGCUCCUGCCGCCACCGGAGGCCAUGCACCCGAAUCCCUUCCAGCUGCUGAGGAUGCCGCUGCCGCCGGCACUGGCCCAGGCCGGAAACGUAGUUCCUACAGUGGGCCCCCUGUUCGGACGGCCCGGGGACCACUACCGCAUGGAGCAGCUGGUCAGCGAGCAGUUCCGCCACCACGGCUUCAACCUCGCGGCAGCGGCGGCGGCCGCCCAGGCGGCCCAGUUCAACGGCCAGGAUGGCCGCCCGCCCUCCUCCAGCAGCAGCGGCAGCCAGCGCGGAUCCGUCCCACCGGCAGCCCUGCCCCCACCAUCGCUCAGCUCCCAGCAGCAGCAGCAGCAGCAACAGCAACAGCAGCAGCAACAGUCGCAGCAGCAGCAGCAGUCGCAGCAGCAGCAACAGUCGCAGCAGCAACAGUCGCAGCAGCAGCAACAGCAGCAGCAGCAGCAGGCGAACGCCAACAACAACCCGUUGAAACUGGAACCGCAGCAGAUGGAUUUUUACUCGCAGCGAUUGCGUCAGCUUGCGGGCACAACAAGCCCUGGAGCUGGCAGCACUGUUAACUCGAGCUCGCCGAGUCCUCGACAGAAACAAUCGCCGCACUUUGCGAGCCCAUCCCCCUCCCAGCAGCAGCAGCAUCAGCAGCAACAGCAGCAGCUGCAGCAGCAACAGCAGCAGCAAGCUCCUCUCCAAAGACCCCACUCGCUGACUCCGCCCGAGAAGAUGAGCACCGAGAACUCGACGGAGAACGGCAGCCUGGGACUGAUCCUGGCCAGCACCCCGCGGUCGGCCAGCACCCCGCCCUCGAAGACGGGGGAGAUCAGCAGCUCGCAGGACAACUGCUUCGCCUGCGGCUACUGCGACAAGAAGUUCCGGUUCGAGAACAACCUGAUCAUCCACCAGAGGACCCACACCGGGGAGAAGCCCUACAAGUGCACCGCCUGCGACUUCGAGUGCUCCCACAUCCAGAAGCUGAUGAAGCACAUGCGCGUCCACCGCUCCCCGCCCGCGGAGGACAACCAGGACGAGGGCAGCAACGCCGACUCGCUGGAGACGAACGAGGCCGACCAUGACGAGGAUCCCAAUCCCGAGGACUCCGAGGAGGAGCUGAACGACGCCGACGGUGAUGGGGAUCUCGACGGCGAGGAGGAGGACGACCUCGACGAGAUGGAUGAGUGCGAGGACAUGGACUACAAGGCCGAGGACCUCUCGGUCAGCAACAGGCUGGACGGCAAGAGCCAGAGCCCGAAGACCACCAGUUCCGGGGCCACCUCCCUGGUCGGGGAGCUGAUGGACAAGUUCGGCCUCUCGAACAUCGCCCAGUACAGCGAGGCCUACAAGCAGGCGCUCCAGGAGUCCGGACGCAAGGAGGCCGCCGCCGCAGCCGCCGCCGCAGCAGCCGCCGCCGUGGACAACAACAACCGAGGUCCUGGCAGCGGAGCUGGCGGUGCAGCCGGUCAGGACAAGCUGAACGGCCUGCCGGUGGCCGCUCUCCGACUCCGCGACGAGUUCGCCAAGAACUGCAACAUGUUCCAGCAGCCGCAGGACGGCGGCGCCCCCACCCAGGUGCCCCUCUUCAACCCCUUCCCCAAUCCCUUCGAGCUGACCAAGCGCAUCAAGAUGGACGGCGGCGACUGGUGGGGCAUGUCCCAGGCCCUCCACCGCAACGAGGCGCUCUUCGAGAACCUGAAGCUGAAGCCCCUGGGCCUCGGUGGCGCCAACUCCCUGAUCCAGGGCCCGCUGCUCAAGAAGGAGAGCCGGCAGCGGAACGACACCUGCGAAUUCUGCGGCAAGGUGUUCAAGAACUGCUCCAACCUCACCGUGCAUCGGCGCAGCCACACCGGCGAGAAGCCGUACAAGUGCGAGCUCUGCUCCUACGCCUGCGCCCAGAGCUCCAAGCUGACCCGGCACAUGAAGACCCACGGCCGGACCGGCAAGGACGUCUACCGCUGCCGCUUCUGCGACAUGCCCUUCAGCGUCCCCUCCACCCUCGAGAAGCACAUGCGCAAGUGCGUCGUCAACCAGGGCAAGGCCGCCGCGGCCGCCAAUGCCGUGGCAGCUGCCCAAGCGGCCCAGGCGGCCGCCCAGCAACUGCAGGCGGCGGCAGCCGUCCAGGCCGCCCAGCACCAGCACCAGCACCAGCAGCAGCAGCAGCAGCAGGCCCAGGCCCAGGGUCAGGUACCCCAGCCGGGACAGGGCCAGCAACUGUCGCCCCUCGGGGUGGUCGGCUACGCCCCCGCCUUCGUCGGCGGACACAACAUCUCACUGCCGGGCAGUGUGAGUGGCGACAAUGACUCGAACGCCUCUUCCAGCCUCACCGGCGUCCACCCCAUCUCCCUCAAGGAGGAGGCAUGACUUUUUCUGGCACCACCCUCGCAGCAGCAUCAGCAGCAUCACUACCACCCCCAGCAGUUGCCGCAUCCGCCUCAGGGGCAACCCGAUCAGGGGCAGGGACAGGGCCAGGGGAGCAGCAGUCGCAGUCGCAUCAUGUCGCGCAUCUUCUAAAGAUGCCAUCCUGUACAUAGGCUUUUUCAAAAAAAGUACCCUCUGACUAAAUCCAGACCGACAAAAAGAGAAGGGGGGGAAUCCCCGAGAGAAACGAGCAACUUCCAGGCGACAAAAACGACCAGAGGCAUUUAAUACCAAAGCAAUAAACAUUAUGUAAUAUAAUUUUAAAGUUUCAAAACAAACUAAACCACAAAAACAAAAAAAUCGAACAGAAAACCGAAAAAAAAAAAAAAUCACCCCCUUAAGAAGACAAUUUUUUUUGAAGACCACCCCCCCCUAAUCCCUAAUAUUUUUUUUUUUGAGCUUGUAAUUUAUAGCAUUUAAAUACGUAAACGUGUAGGCUUAAGGACACACAUUUUCCAGUGUAUUUGCUAGGACUAAGCGAAAGGAUUUGUAAAAAAACAAAAAACCAAAACUACUGCAGCCCCCCAACCCCGAUCUAAGCUAAAAAAAAAUGCAAAAAUCCAGCUCCCAGCGAGCCACAAAAAAUUAUAACCGAAAACCGAACUAAGUAGGGGGUACGUCCGUAUACAUAUUGGCGUGAGUGUGGUGGGUGAGGGAGCUAGGAAGCGAGUGAGUGGAUACUUUUUGUCAUCAAUGUACAUUUUUGUAGGAAAUCUAGAAAACUAGAAAACUAAUUCUAGCACUAAAGACGAACACUUGUAAAAAUUCUAACCCUAAUUCUAAUUCUAAUUAUAAUUCUAAUUAUAAUUAUAAUUGUAUGGUAGUUUUGUGGGGAAUUCGUUCAUUUUUUAGAUUCGAGGUCGCCUCCUUAUUUCUUUUUUAUUUAUAAUUUCCAAAACACGUAUACAUAUGGUAUAUAUUUUUUUUCAUAGACAUAAUUCUAUUAUUAAAUGUAAUUAUUAAAUUUAAAACAAACAAAAAACAAAACACAAUGAAAUAAUCAAAUUUUUUUACAUACAUAAAUAAAAUAUAAAUGUAAAACACAAAUUUUUUUUUUAAACAAUCUUAGUCUAAGCUGACAAUGCAAACGAAAAGAGACAGAGAAUCGUAGAAGAAGGCAGAGAAAGUAGAGAGAGGAAGAGAGAGGAGAAAAUUAUGAGAAAUGCAAAUUGACAGGAAGAAGAGUUGAAGAAGAAGAAAAACAAAAUGGCGGCAGGAUGCAAAUUUGUACGUAAAACUUCAAGUAAAAGACAAAAAGAAAAAAAAAAUGAAUGAAAUAUUUAAGAAAAGCAAUUAAUUGAGAAAUUAAAAUACCGAAACAACAACAACAACAAAACAAACAAGCAAAACAACAACAACUAGAUUUAGAAGACUGAAGAACUGAGAACGAGAAAA